CAAAAACAAAACAAAAGAAAAUGCCUGAGAGAGAGAAUUCUGGGUUUGUAAGUGAGCCUCGUAAUGUUGUGAGGAAAUUCUUGGCUAGGCCACAACAUGAAGGUUUAGGAGCCAUUGUUAGAAGAAGCAUAGGAAGGUUUGAGCUCAAAUACUUUGAUCCAUUUCUUGCUCUUGAUGAAUUCUCAGUUACUGCUCCUGCUGGGUUUCCCGAUCAUCCACACAGAGGUUUUGAAACAGUGACCUAUAUGUUGCAGGGUUCAGUGACACAUGAGGAUUUUGAAGGGCACAAAGGGACAAUACAUGCUGGUGAUCUGCAGUGGAUGACUGCAGGAAAAGGGAUUGUUCACUCAGAAAUGCCUGCUGCCCAAGGAACCCAAAAGGGUCUUCAGUUGUGGAUAAAUUUGUCCUCAAAACACAAAAUGAUUGAACCAAGGUACCAAGAAAUGCUAAGCAAGGACAUAGCAGAAGUAUCAAAAGAUGGUAUUAAGGUUAGAGUUAUAGCUGGCGAGGCCUUGGGAACCAAGUCACCAAUCUACACAAGAACACCAACCAUGUACUUAGACUUCACUCUUAAGCCUGGAUCCCACCUUCAACAACCAAUACCAAUUUCAUGGAACGCCUUUGUGUAUGUCAUAGAAGGCGAGGGAGUCUUUGGCACGUCAAAGUCUUUGCCCGUCGCGGCCCACCACCUUCUCCUCUUGGGGUCCGGGGACGGCUUGGAGGCGUGGAACAAGUCCUCCAAGCCCCUCAGGUUCAUCUUGGUAGGAGGCGAGCCAUUAGGCGAACCGUUGGCGCAAUGGGGCCCCUUUGUGAUGAACACGCAGGAGGAGAUCAAUCAGACGCUAGAAGAUUUUGAUAACUACGCGAAUGGAUUCGAGAAAGCGAGGCAUUGGAGAUCGGAGGCUGCAGUUAGGCUCGGGUUUUCGCCCUUGUAAUGGCAUAUUUGAGAAACUUUUCUUUUUUCGUUUCCGGAAGGAGGGGAAAAGAAUUUUUUCUUGAUCAAUCAGAUUUUGUAGAUUAUAAACAUAUUACUAUAUAAUUUUUAUUUUAUUUGUUUUAUUUUUCCUUUCUUGUGAAGUUUGGAUCUUGUAAGAUUGUGACAAACUAUCAAGAUUAUCACAAAAUUGUCCAAUCAAGGUUAUAAUGAAA